AUGAAGAAGAAGGGCGAUGACCCGCUGGCGGGCCACCUCUCUGGGCAAUCCAACAAGCCGCUGUCUCGACCGCCACACUCGUUGACCUUUAACGACGUUGUCAAGGAGCUCGAGUCGGACGAAAUCAAUGGUCUCCAUACCGCAGUGGCCAAGCAAAGACUCGAUGAAUUCGGCCCCAACGACCUCGGCGAGGCCGAUGGCGUGUCCCCCGUCAAGAUCAUCAUCGCCCAGAUUGCUAAUGCUAUGACGCUGGUGCUCAUCAUGGCCAUGGCUGUCAGUUACGGCAUCAAGUCAUACAUCGAGGGCGCUGUCAUCACCUUCGUCAUUCUCCUCAACGUCAUCGUUGGUUUCUUUCAGGAGUACUCCGCCGAGAAGACCAUGGAUUCUCUUCGGUCACUGAGCUCGCCCACGGCAAGCGUUGUCCGCGAUGGCAAGUCCAGCGUCAUCCCUUCUGGGGAGAUCGUGCCCGGUGACCUCAUCGAGCUCAAGACUGGUGACACUAUUCCUGCUGAUGUCCGUAUCAUCGAGGCAGUCAGCUUCGAGACUGACGAGGCUCUGUUGACGGGAGAGUCGCUCCCCAUCCGGAAAGACGAGAGACAGACUUUCGACGAUGCUACCGGCCCCGGCGAUCGUAUCAAUGUGGCGUACAGCUCGUCCACUGUCACCAAGGGUCGCGCCAGGGCCAUUGUCUUUGCCACAGGACCCUUCACCGAGAUCGGCGCCAUUGCUUCGGCCUUACGAGCCAAGGACUCCAAGGUCAGAGAGGUGAAGCGUAAGCCGGAUGGCACUGCCAAACCGCAUCGCUACCUCGAAGCCUACACCUUAACCUUGACAGACGCCAUCGGCCGGUUUCUGGGUGUCAAUGUUGGCACGCCUCUGCAGCAGAAGCUCUCCAAACUUGCGGUCCUCCUCUUCGGCAUCGCUGUCCUCUGUGCCAUCAUCUGUCUAGGAGCCAACAAAUUUGUUCCUGAGCAAGAGGUCAUUAUCUAUGCCGUUGCAACUGGGUUGUCUAUGAUUCCAGCCUCACUCGUCGUGGUGUUGACGAUCACCAUGGCUGCCGGCACCAAGAGAAUGGUGCAGCGCAAUGUCAUUGUCCGUAACCUCAAGUCUCUCGAGGCAUUAGGUGCGGUCACAGACAUCUGCUCCGACAAGACCGGCACUCUGACUCAGGGCAAAAUGGUUGCGAAGCGAGCAUGGAUUCCUGCCAUGGGCACCUAUACCAUUGACAGCUCCGGCGACCCCUUCAACCCUACUGUGGGCGAUAUGUUCUUUGACACACGCGUGCCGUCGCAGAUGGAACUCAAGAGGACAAACGGCACAAGCAAAGAGACGCCCGAACACCCCGAGUCACUUCUCGAGAAGAGCAAGCGCGCUCUGUCAGAGUACCUCCUGGUCACCGCUCUUGCCAAUCUCGCCACGGUCUCUCCGAGCGGUGAUAACGAGAACGAGUGGAAUGCUCGUGGCGACCCCACCGAGAUUGCCAUUGCUGUCUUCGGCACUCGCUUCGGCUCCAACAGACUCAAGCUGGCGCACGGCAACAAGCCAGAGUGGUCUCAGCUCGCCGAGUUACCCUUUGACUCGGACGUGAAGCGCAUGUCGGUCGUCUUCAAACAAGAGUCUACUGGCAAGCUCAUGGUCUUUACCAAGGGCGCUGUCGAACGCGUCAUUGGAAACUGCAAGGACUACUGUGCCGAUGACAACAGCGAAGAGACCAGCCCAAUCACCCAGGAGUUCCAGGAGGAGAUCCUGCGCAACAUGGAAGCUCUUGCCGGCAUGGGUCUGCGUGUGCUGGCUCUUGCUAGCAAGAAAUUCGACGGCAACAUCGAGAAGGGCCAGGAUGUCGAUCGCGGGACUGUCGAAUCCGGCCUCACCUUCCGCGGUCUCAUCGGCUUGUACGACCCCCCUCGCGCCGAGUCUGCCUCGGCCGUACGCGGCUGCCACAAGGCUGGGAUCGCCGUCCACAUGCUUACAGGUGAUCAUCCCGAGACCGCUAAGGCCAUCGCUAUCGAGGUCGGCAUUCUGCCUUCGAGAAUGGACCUGGUACGCGCGGAUAUCGCCUAUGCCAUGGUCAUGACCGCUACUCAGUUCGAUGCCCUGACUGACCAGCAAGUUGACGAACUCCCUGUGCUUCCACUUGUCAUUGCUCGUUGCGCACCCCAGACUAAGGUCCGCAUGAUCGAGGCCCUGCACCGACGGAAGAAGUUCUGUGCCAUGACCGGCGACGGCGUCAACGAUUCGCCUUCACUUCGCCGCGCCGAUGUCGGCAUCGCAAUGGGUCAAGCCGGCAGCGACGUUGCCAAGGAGGCUUCCGACGUCGUUUUGGCUGAUGACAACUUCGCCAGCAUUGUCGCUGCUAUUGAGGAAGGCCGCCGCAUCUUCGACAACAUCCAGAAGUUUAUCCUACACGUCCUCGCCGAGAACAUCGCGCAAGCCGGCACCCUGCUCGUUGGCCUCGCUUUCAAGGACUCCCGCGGGCUGUCCGUGUUUCCUCUCGCCCCUGUCGAGAUUAUCUGGAUCAUCAUGAUCACAUCGGGUAUGCCCGACAUGGGCCUCGGUUUCGAGCGAGCCGUGCCCGACAUCAUGUCCCGGCCCCCACAGGAUCUCAAGUCUGGCAUCUUCGAUAUGGAAUUCCUGGUCGAUAUGGUCUUCUACGGCCUCUGGAUCACAGCGCUGUGCCUGGCAAGCUUCACCCUGGUCGUCUUCGGCUUCGGCAACGGCGACCUCGGCGAGCUGUGUAACGACCACUACAGCGAGUCCUGCGACCAGGUGUUCCGCGCACGCGCUACCACGUUCGCCUGCCUGACCUGGUUCGCGCUGUUCCUGGCCUGGGAGAUGAUUGACCGGCGGCGGUCAUUCUUCCGGAUGCAGCCCGGCUCGAAGCGCUACCUCACCCAGUGGAUGCACGACAUCUGGCGCAACAAGUUCCUCUUCUGGGCCAUUAUUAUUGGGUUCGUCACAAUGUUCCCCGUGCUGUACAUCCCAGGCCUGAACAGGGUCGUCUUCAAGCACACCGACAUCUCGUGGGAGUGGGCCAUCGUGUUUGUCAACUCGGCGCUGUUCUUCGCGGGUGUCGAGGCGUGGAAGUGGGCGAAGCGCGUUUACUUCCGGCGCCAGAAGAAGAAGCAGUCUGGAGCGGACUGGAAGGACCAAGACGUCGAGCAGCGCACGUUUGCGCAGUUCCUGGAUUACAAUGCGGUGCAGAGGGAGAGCUUCCCUCAAGGCCCUCUCUUGAGAAGAACCAAGAGCCGCGAACACGACCAGAGCUGAAGAGCUAGGUUGCAAAGGAUGUAGUCGCCGUCAUCAGUGGAGACGUGCAGGUUGUUGCGAAA